AUGACUUUGGCGUUUAAGCCUCUGAAAUCCUCUUCACACUCCUGCUAAUCUCAGGCUGGUUUCUGUGACUCGGGGCAGGUCGGGGUGUCGGUAAAACCCGGUCGCCUCCCUGCGGCGACAGAAACCGAACCCCGUGUCCGACCCGUUCGGUCUCUGCGGAUUUGCUGCGUCGCUGCGCCACAGACGCCUGAGAGCCGUCAGUCAUGUCCACCAGCAUGGAGGCUCAGAGGAAUGCAGCUACAUGAAGUUUGAAAAGGAAUCAGGAAACCAACUGGACCCGUCAGAUACAACAGCCAUGCCUUCCAACAACUCCGGGGCGAUCCUGUCGGAGAGCAGCAACGUGACCGCCACAGCAGCAGUGAAUGGAGAUACGCCCCUUAUUGCCGAGGGCCUGUCAGAGAACGACAGUGGCGUUGAGUUGACCAAUGACAACAGCCCGCUGACUGCAGCGGAGCCGCCCUCGCCCUUCUGCCCCAAACAGAGCGGGGGCGCCACUUCGCCGCAAGAUGGUAACCAGCGAACGAGAGGAAGCAGGAAGAGGAGCAGGAAGAGGCCCGAGGAGGAGGAACCGGACUGGGACUCCUACAGCCACAAGAAGCCAUCAGGAUCGUCUCAGUUGGGCUUGAGGCAGAGACCGAGACCAAGAACCAUCUACCAGGCCGGCCUGGCGGCGAACCCGCAGACCAAGCACCGCAGGCAGAACCGCAAAAAGGAGCAAAGCACAGUCAUGUACGCCACUGGUCCUCGCCGAGCCGCCGGCGUCGUUGCCAGGGAGACGCCAGAGGAGCCAUGUUUGGAGCUGAUGGAGCAAGACUCCAAGGACUCGGCCCAGAGCAGCAGCACCACGUCCAGCUCCGAAGUCCAGCCAGAAUACAACGAUAAUAAAGGUUUUGGAGUCGGUGAGCUGGUCUGGGGGAAGAUCAAGGGUUUCUCCUGGUGGCCGGGCAUCGUGGUGACGUGGCGCGCCAUGGGCAAACGGCAGGCCAGCCACGGCAUGAGGUGGCUGCAGUGGUUCGGAGACGGAAAGUUCUCUGAGGUUUCAGCAGACAAGCUGGACUCUCUCAUGGCCUUCCCCAAGUUCUUCAGCCAGGCUUCGUACACCAAGCUGGCCUCCUACCGAAAGGCCAUCUUUCAGGCAGUCGAGAUGGCCAGUGUCAGGGCGGAGAAGACGUUUCCCCCCUGUGAGACGGACAAUCCCGAGGACCAGAUCAAGCCCAUGCUGGACUGGGCCAACGGCGGCUUCCAGCCCAAAGGAGAGGAAGGACUCAAACCGACACGCAGCGCCAGCAGUAACCCGCUGGACCACCAGAUCCUCAACGUUUCCCUGCCAGAGUAUUUCCCCAGCGCGAAGCGACCCAAAGUCAGCCCCUGCAAGGCCAAGGCUGCGCCGGAGGAGCCCUGUAGCAGAGAACAAAUGGUGAAUGAAGUACAGAAAAAGAACCGAAGUAUAGAAGAGUUUUGCCUCUCAUGUGGAAAGAUGAGGGCAGCAACCUUCCACCCGCUCUUUGAAGGAGGCUUGUGCCAAACGUGUAAGGAUGUGUACCUAGAGAUCUCCUACAUGUACGAUGACGAUGGCUACCAGUCCUACUGCACGGUCUGCUGCGGAGGCCGAGAAGUCCUGCUCUGCGGAAACGCCAACUGCUGCAGGUGCUUCUGCGUGGACUGCCUGGACAUCCUGGUGGACCCCGGGGCAUCCAACAACGCCCGGUACCAGGACCCCUGGCGCUGCUACAUGUGCCAGCCGCUGCUGCAGUACGGCGUCCUGAAACGGCGCCACGACUGGAGCCUGAAGCUGCAAGAGUUCUUUGCCAACGAUAAAGGACAGGAGUUCGAAAAACCAAAGAUUUACCCAGCAGUCCCUGCUGAGCAGCGUAGGCCAAUCAGAGUCCUCUCCCUGUUUGAUGGCAUUGCUACUGGCUACUUGGUUCUGAGGGAUCUGGGCUUUAAAGUGGACCAGUACGUGGCGUCGGAGGUGUGUGAGGACUCGAUCUCGGUGGGCGUGGUCAGACAUGAAGGAAAGAUCCAGUACGUCCAUGAUGUCAGGAACAUCUCCAGGAAAAACAUUCAGGAGUGGGGGCCCUUUGACUUGGUGAUCGGAGGAAGUCCCUGCAACGACCUGUCCAUCGUGAAUCCGGCCAGAAAAGGCCUGUUUGGAGGAACAGGAAGGCUGUUUUUUGAGUUCUACCGCCUGCUGAGCGAGGCCAAGCCCAAAGAAGGAGAAGACCGUCCGUUCUUCUGGAUGUUCGAGAACGUGGUGGCCAUGGGCGUCAACGACAAGAGGGACAUCUCCCGCUUCCUGGAGUGCAACCCUGUGAUGAUCGACGCCAUCGAGGUCUCCGCCGCCCAUCGUGCGCGCUACUUCUGGGGGAACCUGCCGGGGAUGAACAGUGAAACUGCGUGUUUCAGGCCACGCUGCGCCUCUGGGAUGGACAAGCUGGAGCUGCAGGAGUGUCUGGACCACGGACGGGUCGCAAAGUUUGGGAAGGUGCGAACCAUCACCACUCGCUCCAACUCCAUCAAACAGGGGAAGGACCAGCACUUCCCGGUGCUGAUGAACGGGAAGGAGGACGUGUUGUGGUGCACGGAGCUGGAGCGGAUCUUUGGAUUCCCGGUCCACUACACCGAUGUGUCGAACAUGGGCCGCGGCGCCCGGCAGCGGCUGCUGGGCCGGUCCUGGAGCGUCCCGGUCAUCAGGCAUCUGUUCGCGCCGCUCAAAGAUUACUUCGCCUGCGAAUAACCGCAGGGACCUGAAGACGUCUCACUCUGUCAGACACUUUCGCAUGGAGAGAGUUACUUUGAUUCGAACCAGAGCUCCUGGAAAAUGAGAGCGGCUCUCACUGGAU